GGCCCCGCGCGGGCAGGACCACCCGCGGCGCAGCCCCGCGCGCGGGGAGCGGGGAGCGGGGAGCGGGGCGCGGGGCGCUCACGGCCGGGCCCGCACGAUGCCCUGCGCGACACGGCGGCGGCGGCCGCCCCCGGACUCGCGUCCUCCGCGGUCGGCAUCCCGCGCGCCCGGCACGACAGCCAGGCCACCCAGACGCAGGCGCGAAGGCCGCACAACCCCACGCGCGGAGCCAGACCCCCGUCGAGGAGGCCAACAGGCCCAGGCGUGCGCGGCGCAGAGGGCGCGGACACCGUCCCACGCGGGCACACCCCGGCCUGGAGGGCCGCCUCGGGAGGGGUCGGGGCCGCCGGCUCGCACACGCACUCACAAUCCCACCGCAUGCACACAACCACCGGGAAGAAAUGAAAACCAACCACCGCCUCGCGCAUUUCUGUGUAUUGCGAGGCUGGUGCUACUCCUACCCUCCACGGAGCGAUGAGGAAACUGUGGCACAGAGACGCGGUGAAACUCUGCCUAUGUGACGAUCGAGUGAGCAGGGAGCCUGGGUCAGAAGC